AUGAACAUAGUGUACAACGGCAUUGUGCACACUAUCUUCGUGUGCCAGGGAGAGGAGGGGCGUGCCAACUUCCAGGAGAAAGUGCGCAAAAUCUUUGGUCUGCAAGACUAUGAAGACAUCUACCUCUCCUUCGGCUGCAUAGUCCCUGGCACGGGUGAUGAGAUCACUCUGGAGGGCUGGGAGUCAUUCGAUGCAGCCGUGCACUGCGCGGCCAUUUGUGCAGGCGCAAGGAAGGCAAACGCCUCCAAAGAAACUACCUCAGCGAAUCAGCGGAGCCCGCUCAAUUUUGCAUUCUACCCUAAUAGCCCCAUGCAGCUGCCGGCAAGCUGUCCUCCGUCUGCAAGAGAGCGGCUGAUGGCUAUAAUAAGGCAGAAGGUGCGCCUCAUAUGGCGAGAGACUUGGAAGUCACUGCGGACCGGGGGACCAAGCCUGCCAGAACAAAGCCGUGGGCUGCAUUUGGACGUUCGCUUCAGAGGUGGCCCUCAAUUUGCUACCAGCCGGGACGAGCUGUACAACCUGAUGUGA